AUGUCUUGGGCGUCCCUGAGGCGGACAACCCGCGUCGAGGACGAAGCGUACUCCUUGAUGGGGCUAUUUGGGGUCAAUAUGCCUACAGUAUACGGUGAAGGAAAGAAAGCUUUUCGUCGACUGCAAGAGGAGAUCAUGAAAGCGUCUCCUGACCACACCAUUUUUGCCUGGAGAGCAGCAGAAGAUGAUAUGUACGACGGCAUGCUGGCGACUUCUCCACGACCAUUCCAGCAGUGUGGUCAGUUUGAAUCUCUGACGUACAUUGAGUUUAUUGAGCGAUUCAACAUAACCGGGGCGAAUCUGAAGCCCUACUACUUCAUGACAAACUACGGCUUGCAAAUUCACCUCCCAAUAGUAGCCCUCUCGCCUCAUUUCGAAGGCUUCUAUUUCGCUUUCCUGGCUGCGCACGAUGUCCAUGAAGAUACCUCUAUCAUCAUCUUCCUUCAAAAAAGGACCGACGGCCCCGCAGAACAUUUCACCAGAGAUUAG